GGUUGCUCCGCGGUGCGGAGCGCCGGACCUGGGACCCUGCGGGCGAACGGUCGCGGUGGCGCUCGCCUGCACUCUCUCCUGGCUCCCUGCGCCGGAGCUUCCCGGACCACCUGGACUCCAAGUGAACUCCGGGCCCCGAGCGGUUCUUGCCGGCCAGGAGACGCCCCCUAACCCCCACCAAGGAGUGGUUGUGUCGGACUAGCGGAGCGGCUGGAGGAAGAGGAGGCGGCGCCGCCGGGACAGCCUCUUCCCCGCCCCUCGCGUCUCCUCCCCGCGCCACCGGGAAGGACAAGGGGACUGGGCACUGGGACCCCGGCCAGUGAGCGCCCGUGCCCCGGGGCCGCCCCUCGCGCGCGCUCUCUUGCCGCGAGCCGGGGCAGCUCUCGCUUCACCCGGUGCUGGCCGCAGCCAUGAGCCAGGACGCCGACCCUAGCGGCUCCGAGCAACCGGACAGAGAUGCCCGCAGCGUGCCCGGUGCCCCGGCGCCCACAGCCCCGGGCCCGCGAGGGAUGCAGCCGCCGCCGCCCCCGCCCCCGCCCCCAGCUGGUCUACCCCAGAUCAUCCAAAAUGCCGCCAAGCUUCUGGACAAGAACCCGUUCUCCGUCAGUAACACGACCCCUCUGCUUCCUUCGCCUGCCAGUCUCCAACUGGCUCAACUGCAGGCCCAGCUCACCCUCCACCGGCUGAAGUUGGCACAGACAGCUGUCACCAACAACACUGCAGCCGCCACGGUCCUGAACCAAGUCCUCUCUAAAGUGGCCAUGUCCCAGCCUCUGUUCAACCAGCUGAGGCAUCCGUCUGUGAUCAGUGCCCCCCACAGCCAUACCGGGGUGCCCCAACAUGCUGCAAGUGUGCCCACUGCCCGGUUUCCCUCUGGUACAAUUGCCUUCUCACCCCCUGGCCAGACUCGAGGUCCAGGCCCCUCCGUGAGCCUCCCCAGUCAGCCCCCCAAUGCCGUGGUGGUGCAUCCCUUCAGCGGUGUCAUGCCUCAGACCCCCGCCCAGCCUGCGGUCCUCUUGGGCAUUGGCAAGACUGGGGCAGGUCCCUCGGCAGGAUUCUACGAGUACAGCAAAGCCCCAUCCAGCCAGGCAUACGGCUCUGAAACGGAUGGUCAGCCCAUCUUCCUGCCAGCCUCGGCCUCUGCCUCGGGCAGUGUGGCCUACGAAGGGCCCUACAGCCAAUCAGGACAAGAGGGCCAAGCCGCCUUUCCCAAAGACUUCUAUGGAGCCAACUCCCAAGGGUCGCAUGUGGCAGGCGGGUUUUCAGCUGAGCCAGCUGGGGCCCUGAAGGGUGAGGUAGGUCCACUUCUGCAGGGUCCAAACAGCCAAUGGGAGAGCCCGCACGGAUUCUCUGGCCAGAGCAAGCCCGAUCUCACAGCUGGCCCCAGCCUGUGGCCUCCACCCGCCAGCCAGCCCUACGAACUGUAUGACCCCGAGGAGCCCACCCCGGACAGGACCCCUCCUUCCUUCGGGGGUCGGCUAAACAACAGCAAACAGAGUCUCAGCGGUGCACGGCGCCGGGCCAAGGAGGAGCAGGCAGCACUGUCCGUGCGGCCCCUGCAGCCUCAGGAGCUGAACGACUUUCACGGGGUGGCCCCCCUCCACCUGCCACAUGUCUGCAGCAUCUGUGACAAGAAGGUAUUUGAUUUAAAGGACUGGGAGCUGCAUGUGAAAGGAAAACUCCAUGCUCAGAAAUGCCUGGUCUUCUCUGAAAACGCUGGUGUCCGGUGUGUACUCACGUCUGCAGAGGGCGCUCUGUGUGCCUCUCCCAACAGCCCAGCUGUUUAUAACCCCACUGGGAACGAAGAUUAUGCCUCCAGUCUCGGAACGUCAUAUGCAGCCAUUCCAGCAAGGUCAUUCACUCAGUCGAAUCCCACCUUUCCGUCCGCUUCCCCGGGGACAAAUUUCGUGCAGCGGAAGGCAGGCGCUGGCCGCGUGGUGCACAUCUGCAAUCUUCCAGAAGGGAGCUGCACGGAGAAUGACGUCAUUAACUUGGGGCUGCCCUUUGGAAAGGUCACCAAUUACAUCCUCAUGAAGUCUACGAAUCAGGCCUUUUUGGAGAUGGCUUACACAGAAGCUGCUCAGGCCAUGGUCCAGUAUUACCAAGAAAAAUCUGCCAUGAUCAAUGGUGAGAAGUUGCUCAUUCGGAUGUCUAAGAGAUACAAGGAGCUGCAGCUGAAGAAACCUGGGAAAAACGUGGCGGCCAUCAUCCAGGACAUCCACUCCCAGAGGGAGAGGGACAUGUUCCGGGAAGCAGGCAGAUACGGCCCCGAAAGGCCACGGUCUCGCAGUCCCGUGAGCCGGUCACUGUCCCCGAGGUCCCACACUCCGAGCUUCACCUCCUGCAGCUCCUCCCACAGUUCCCUGGGCCUCUCGAGGGUUGACUGGGGCAACGGCCGGGACUCCUGGGAGCACUCUCCCUACACCAGGAGGGAGGAAGACCGAGACCCGGCCCCCUGGAGGGAGAACGGGGAGGACAAGCGGGACAAGACAGACACGUGGGCACAUGAUCGCAAACACUACCCGAGGCCCCUCGACAAAGCCGAGUUAGAGGAGCGACUCGAAGGAGCAGGAGCGAGGGGCCACCGAGAAAAGCACCCGAGGCCCGGGUCCCCCAGCCCCCUCCACUCCGCGUCGAGCUACAAGAGUCGAGAAGACGGCUACUACCGGAAGGAGCCCAAGGGCAAGUCGGACAAGUAUCUAAAGCAGCAGCAGCAGCAGGACGCCCCCGGGAGGCCCAAGAGGAAAGAGGAGGCCAGGCUGCGGGAGAGCAGACACCCCCACCACGACAACGCGGGCAAGGAAGGCGGGCUGGAGCCCAAGGUCACCAGGGCCCCUGAGAACACCAAGGCCAAACAGAGUGACAAAAGCAGAGCCAAGAGACCUGACAAAGACCAGGAGGGAGCCGAUGACAGAAAAGAAAGCAGAACGGCAGAGAAUGAGGCUGGCAAAGAGGGCGUGGAAGAAAACACCCCACUGGUGGGCAGGCAGGAGAAAGAAACAGAGUCCUCUGAUCCAGAAAACACAACAGAGAAGGAUCAAGAGUGGGAGAGUGGAAGUGAAGCAGAGGACGAGAGCUGGUACCCCACAAACAUGGAGGAGCUGGUGACUGUGGACGAGGUAGGGGAGGAAGAAGAUUUUAUCAUGGAACCGGACAUCCCAGAGCUGGACGAGAUCGUGCCCAUGGGCCAGAAGGACAAACUGUGCCCAGAAAUAUGUCCCUGUAUGACAGCCGCCUUACCCCUGGACCUAGCCGCGGAUUUCACCAAGGAGGGGGUCAAGACCAUAGGUAAUGGGGCCACGGAAAUCAGCCACAAAUCUCCCAAAGAAGUGCCUUCUGCCUCCACGAGCUGUCCCAGUGACACGGACGUGGAAAUGCCUGGCCUAAAUCUGGAGGCUGAGCAGAAGCCAGCUGAAUGCGAGACAGGCCUCUUACUGGCGGGUUCAGAUUGCUACGAGAAGCAGGCAAAGGGAGCAGAGAGCUCAGAUGUUCGUCUGUCCCCUGCACUCCAGCAAAUGUCUUCCCCCAAGCCAGCGGAGGAGAGGGCCCGGCAGCCUAGCCCAUUUCUUGAUGACAGCAAGGGCAAGGGGACUCCCGAAGAUGGGGCUGGUGAAGGCAGCCCCGUGGAGGAGAAAGCCAGCCCCCCCACCGAAACCGACCUCCAAAGCCAGGCUUGCCAAGGAGUGUCGACCCAGGAAAACUCCAGGUACUUGGAAGUGAAAUCUUUGGACGUGAGGUCACCAGAAUACACAGAAGUGGAGCUGAAACAGCCCCUUUCUCUGCCUUGCUGGGAACCGGAGGAUGUGUUCAGUGAACUUAGCAUUCCUCUAGGGGUGGAGUUCGUGGUACCCAGGACUGGGUUUUACUGCAAGCUCUGCGGGCUGUUCUACACAAGCGAGGAGAUGGCGAAGAUAAGCCACUGCCGCAGUGCUAUCCACUACAGGAACUUACAGAAGUACUUGUCCCAGCUGGCCGAGGAGGGCCUGAGGGAGACGGAGGGGGCAGGCAGCCCGAGGCCCGAGGACAGCGGAAUCGUGCCCCACUUUGAAAAGAAAAAGCUCUGACCUGUGCAGUUGGAAGCCAGGAGGGAGGGCCCGCCCCAGUGGGGCCUUCCUGACCACCAGGACGGGAACGAAAGCCAGAGGCAGAAGAAAACCAGGCAGACCAUGUUGCCUGAAGACGCCCCUGCCGUUUUUCCCAGAGUCAUUACCCCCCAGUGUGCAGCCCACCAGGGGUCGCCCACUCCCUCCUUAUGACUCCUGUUUCCUUCAGACAAUCUUUUCAGUGCUUCUCUCUCUUCUUCUCUCUCCCUCCUCCUGUGCCAAGGGUCAUUUCCUUUUCAUAAAAUACAACUUCUCAGGGAUUUUCACAGUGUUCAAAUUCUUGAUGGGUUAGGACAGGUCAGGCCAGGCUGAGUCAUCCAAGGAAGAAAACUUCGCAGAAGCUCCUGGGUCAAGAACUGCUUCAGUGAACCUGGAAUGGCUUCUCUGCCCGGCACCCCAGGCAGGGGGCGAUCUGCAUGGGGUCCAGCAGUCCCCGAGAGGGACGCCUUCAACAAUCAGUUGGCGGAAGCUGGGAGUUCCUCUAGCUGGACCGCCUUUUUGAAAAGCCCCUGAUUUUAUGAAUGAUUCUUUUGCCCUCUCGGUUACUCUGCAGAGAAUUUAACAGAGGAGGAAAUGAGCUCUUCAUUUGAGGAGCUCUGACAAUGUCCCCCGAAACUUAUUUUCCUCCGCUUGAUUUCAGGACGUGCCAGGGUUUGUUCUACUCUGAACAAUGAAUUUCUUGUAGACUCACUUUACCUAAAAACCAAAAUGGAAGCAUCCUCUCCCUCCAAUUAAAACAGUAGUCGGUAAGGGUUUAGGUUGAAUGUCAGCCUCCUUGCCACAGGAGAUGCCAAAACAAGGAAAUAGCAUCUGUCCUUGACUUACCCUUGGUGCCCAAGCUCUGGCUCCAGCAGCCUCGCUGUGGGGUGGUUUUAAGUGGGGUCCCAGUGUGGGGAGAAGCUAAGGAAAGAAGGCUGUGGGACUGCCGAGGAUCUGAGGGUGGCCUGUGUUUGUAGGUAGGCCAUUUCCGACUUGGCAGAAGGUCAAAGGCAUCUCAGAGUCAACUGCAGAGUUGUCUGCAUGUGCAGACCUUGAUUCAAAUGCUGUGAAGAACAAAGCCCUUGCCGUCAUCGGGCUGUCCGAUGCCAGAGGGCAGUGCCUUCAGGCCCCAGACAGGCUGCGGGACUCUCGUCUGAUGUUCUGUUGGAAGGCUUUGGGACAAAGGCGUAGUGGGAAAGGAGGCUUGGCUGCCGCCCCGGAGAAGACCUCAAGACCUCAGGGGGGGCCUGGUGCUGUUUCUGCAGCUGAGAUAUCGACUUGGAGGGGCUCCCCUGGCUCAGUCUUUGCAAGAUAGUCCCUGUUUCUAUUCCUGACCGCCAGCAGGUACACUAGGAAGAGACUGAUUUUUUUCCCUUUUUUCUUUUUAAGGUAGAUAGUAUACUGCGUAUUCUGUCCUCCGCACUAAAGGCAGAAGGGCAGAGAGAUUAUCUGAGUUCAACGCUAUUUAUCAGUGAGGAAACUGAGGCACAGAGAGGAAAGAAAUGUAGAACACAAAUAAAAUGAUCAUGUGUAAACCGUGGGGCAGAUGGUCACAGACGAGGAGAAGCCUGUUGGGAACCUGCAAGAGAAGGGUUAAGACACCAGAGGAAACGGAUCCACUCGCACAGGUGUGGUGAGAAGAGGCUGCGGGAGGCGGGAAGCCCGGACCUGGCACCUGGCUGCCGGGGGGCCUCAGAAAGGUCUGUGUCUCAGAGCAGGGUUUGAAGAUGGGGGCGCAGCCCGGACCGGACCUGGGUGGUCCCCUGGCUGCCUCCACGGGUGUUUUUUUUAAAAUCUGGCAUUCUGGGAAUCAGCCUCCUCCAUUUCUCGGAAAAUCUCUGGCCCUGUGUAUCUGCCUUCCCACCAGAGGGGAGCCCAGGGCCAGCUCUCCAGCCUCCUUGCAGAACCUUGCUGGGAAAAGCCUACCACCUUGGGCAGAGGCUGGAACUGUGCAUUUUCAAAGAGGCUGGCAGUCUUCUCCCAGCAGAGUGGAAGCUGACCCCAGCAGCGUUUCCAUGGAAAUCUGGAUGGCUGUUCAAAUAGCCUCAUUCCUGAGUCAUGUAACAGCUCCCUUGCUAACAAGUGGACCUUCUCCAUAUUGGAAAGCUGGAGAGAGCCCGUGGGAGGGAGGAGAGGUACUCUGCACUCGAUCAGAACAGUUAAAAAAACUACCCAAGAAUCUGUAUUUGUGUGUACAUAUAUUUAUUUUUAUUUAUUUUUAUACAAUCCCAUUGGCAUGGUCCUUCACCCACUCUGCAGUUUGCUCUUUUUAUUCCUACAUGUGUCAGACACACUGCAGCAUUAAAGGCAACCAGGAAAAUAUUGAUUUAUUUUUUAAAGUUUUUCUUCAGUGAGUGUCAACCAUUUCAAAGUGUCUCCCCCCAAAGAUUGUUCAACAGCAGCUGUUACCUUGAACAACAGAUUCAUUUGUACCCUGGGUUAAUACAACCAAAGGUCUGUGUAAUUUUCUUCUCAUUGUAAACACCUGAAAUAAAGUAUACGCAAACAGUAUUUCCAAAUAAUUUGGUAAAUUUGCAGUUGAUGCAAGUAUCAGGGUUCCCUUUUCUCGGACAGUCUGAGGCUGUGAUCUGUUAGAUUUUACUUGAACUGGACCAGAGUUUGUUUUUUGAGCUUAGGAGAAAAAGAAAAACACUAGUUAAUUUCAGUUGGAACUUGUAAAGUAUUAGAAUUUGUUGGAUGUCCUAUAAAUUGUCACUUUUCCUGAUCUGUAUAACUGACUGCAAGUGUUUGUUUUUACAAAAGGAAAAAAAAAGAUUUUUAAUAAAGAGAAUGUGAAAGCUUG